UUAAAGGGCUGUGGAAAAUAAAGUAAAAUAGGAAAAGAAAAAUUUCUUCCGUCCACCAGGAUCUCCUCCCUCCCGCUUUCCUCCUCCUCCUCUUCCUCCUCCUUCAUCUAGCAGUUCAGAAGGGUUUCGAAAGGAGAAAAAAGAAAGAAGGAAUUGUUCUUUGUCCAGGAGUUGAAUCAUUAAAGGGGUUCAGCGGCUUGGCUACAUCUUGCGUGUAAUUUUGGACAACUUAUUGUCGAAAACAUUUGCAGAUGUGUCCAAAAUAUCAUGAAUACUCUCAUAUUGGCUCUAGAGAAGGUGCAUCAAUCACGGAAGAUAAGAACGAGGUUUAUUCAUGCCCAUCAAGUAUUGUUACGAGCCUUCAGCUAUCAAGAACUGUCUGUACAACGCCUCAAAGUUCUGUACCAAUGUUUGUAUAUAGUCGAAGGAAGCUACAAGGAAAUGCCAGUACCAGUGCUGUUUUCUCAGCACAGGACCCUGCGAGCACAAAGCGAAGUGGAGAGGACUGUGUCUCUGUUGUCAGUUAUUGUGCUCCUUCACUUAAGGAGCAACAUGUGGUUUCUCAAGCUGAGCUUGCUAUUGAAGAUCCUAACAUGCCUUAUAUAGCAGGCAAAGGUGAGUCUUGUGUUAUGAAAUUGGAAUCUCUUAAUGGAUGCUCACUGGUAGAAGAACGGGUUUCUGAUCAAGCUUCCAAAAGUACGGAGCAGAAAAUCAUUGAGGUUGACAGUAUAAAUGACAGUUGCUCAUCAUCAAAAUCAGAUAUGGAACUUGUUUCAGCUUCUAUGCAUACUCAAGCGGAAGAUACUAGUGAGUGCUCCUCAUCUAGUGCAAUGUUCGUAGAGGCCUUGGGGGAAGAGUUAUCGGAAAAGGAUUUAUGUACUUCUGUAGUUAGAAGCAAGGGAGUGUUUGGAAGAGUUUGGCCUAGCAGGACUCAUGGUUCUGCUGAAGGUGUUGGUGAUAGCAGUGCUAGCAGCAGUUCUCGGUUUUGCAAACUAUGUGCUCAUCUUGAAUCACCACUUAAAAUGCUAAUUUGUGAUAACUGUGAGGAGUCAUUUCAUUUAUCUUGCUGCAAUCCUCGUAUAAAAAGAAUACCUCAGGAUGAGUGGUUUUGUCAUUCAUGUGCGAAGAAGAGGCGUAAAAUUCUUACUGAGACAGUUUCCACUAGAUUUUCAAAUAUGAUUGGUGAGAAAGGCAGAUCUGGAAAUUCUUAUACAGAUGAAUCAAAUCCCAUAGCAUUGAUGCUAAGAGAUACUCCGCCGUAUACAACUGGUGUUCGAAUUGGGAAAGGUUUUCAAGCAGAAGUUUCAGACUGGUCAAUUCCAAUCACUGAUGAUGCAGAUACAAUAACUGAGGACUUGGAAAUAGAUCCAUCAGAUUUUGUUAAUUCAACUGAGUUUGGUUCACGCAAGCCUCAUAAUUUUGGCUGUAUUGGUAACUGGCUUCAAUGUAGAGAGAUUAUUGAUGGUGCAGGAGAAAGUGCUAAUGGAACUAUAUGUGGAAAGUGGCGCAGGGCUCCUUUGUUUGAAGUCCAAACUGAUGAUUGGGAGUGCUUUUGCUCUGUCCUUUGGGAUCCAAUUCAUGCUGAUUGUGCUGUGCCUCAGGAGCUGGACACUGAACAAGUUCUCAAGCAACUAAAGUAUAUUCAGAUGCUGAGACCACGGUUAGAUGCUAAACGGCGAAAAUUGGACUACGUGAAGAAUGAUGAUAAUUCAGUGGACAAUGUAGAGAAUAUGAGAAAUAUAAGAACUCGGAAAUGAGUAGUGCAAAGUGAUUCUGUUGAAAUUGUGCAUACCACUUGCAGUUUGUACAUUGUCAUAGAAAUCAAUAGCCAUGAAUUUUCAAGUUGUAUGUUUAAUCACAGGAUGUAACGGGUGUAUACAGCAGAUUAAUAGAGUGCAAUCAUAUAGCCACUGGCUUGAGCUGCCUUCUUUCGUAUUUUCUUUUUCCCUCUUUUUUCCUUCAGUUGCUAGCGACUUUGGUGUGCAGAUACAAAGCGUAAUGCUAGCAAAGUCCUUUUGCGCUGUAUAGUCUUGCAGUUUGCUUACAGUAGAAAAUACCUUUCAUGAUAGACUUGGUAUUGGAGUAUGUUAUGUUAUCUUUCCAGUUUUAUUUU